AUGGUUUCUAAGAAGAGUCAAAAAAAGAUGGUUAAGGGAGUAGAUGCUCAACUUUUGUUUCCAAAGAGCCAAUCUAGUGCUUCUAAGGCUGCCUGUGCAGCUCAUAGCUUAUGUGUUGUCGAGAUGUUGUCCCUUGGUGGUAGUCAGUCCUCUGUCUGUCAUCUUUGUGUCGAGGGAAUUGCAAAAUGGAUUGCUGACCCUGAAAAUUCUGAUUUCAAUAAGCAUUUGGCUGAACACGAGGCCACUCUUAAUACGCUUAACAAGCAGUAUGCAGAUAUGCUAGAACAACUGGAAGCCGAAAAGCAGCGAGGAAGGGAGCUCGAGGAGAUGGAGAAGGUGACCCGUGGUAAGUCUUUGUUGGAUGCACCAAUUGACAAUCUCAACUUGCAGGAGCUGGAAAAAUUACAGCAGUUGAUGGGAGAAUUCAAGGGAAAGUUAUUGAAGCAAAUUGAGGAGCUUUCAAACCACAACAAAAAUCCAACUUCAUCCUCUGUCAAUUUAGCUGAAGCCAUCAGUCCUUCUGUGACUAACCCAGGGAGGGCUAGUUCUGCUGAUGACAAUUGCCAUGAUGAUGGCCAUGAAUUCUAA